AUGGAGGCUUUUUAAUUAAAAUUAUAACGAAUGAAAAAUUACAAAUAACAACUUUAAUUCUUAUUGUAAAAAUCUAUUGCAAGUCCACAAUUUAGAUAAUUAUUUCUUGAAUAUGAUCAAUAUUAAAUGAUAGUUUAAGUAUUAAUAGAUGCUAAAUCAGAUAAGAUUAGUCUAAUUAAAUAACAAUUAAGAUUAUUUGGAUUAUUGGCUGAACGUGCAUAUGAAAACUUUAGUUCUUAAUUACCAAUCAUAUUCAAUCAUUUAUUAAAAAGAAUUUAAGACUUUGAAUCAAUGAAUUGUGUCUAUACAUAGGUUGCUGAAAUUAUUGGAAAAAUAGUCAAGCAUCGUUGUUAUAAUUAAGAUAUAUAUAUUAAAUAGCAUUUUUAAACCAUUAAUGAAUCAUUUAAAUCAAAACCCAUACCAUUCAUUAUGUUUAACUAAAGUUGUCUAAUUUUUAUCAUUACAAAUCUUAGAAUAAAAUGCAUUGUUUCUAUUUAGAAAAUUCAUCUCAUUGUUAACUUAAUAAAAUGGAAAAGUAUAAAUUUUAAAAGGAAUAGCUGCUAUUAUCCUAAGUGUAGAAGAAUAAUCUGAGUAAGAAUAUCAUUUUAACAUUAUUUUAGUAUCUUUGCUGAUGAAAUUAUACCACAUUUGUAAUUGUUAUUGUAAAAUUAAUUAUGGUAAGUAAAGAAAAUGGCUUUGAACAUUCUGUAUUCUCUUGUUGUCUUAUAAAAAGAUAAAAUUUUAGAACAUUAUUUUUUUAAAGAUUUAAUGUAUGAAUUAAAAUCGAAUAAAGUAAUUAUUAACUUCGAAUUAAUUGGAUUAAAUAAAUAAAAGAUUCAGCUAAUUUAAUAUUAGAUGUAUUAUAUUAAGAUAACUAUAAUUAUACUUCUGUUGAAAGAUAUAAUAAUUAUGUAUGUUAAAAUAAAUCAUAAUCUUAAACUUAAAUACAUAUUUCAACAACUAAUAAAUAAUAAUUAUCUUGUACUACAAUAUCAAAAUAGCCUUAAACUCCUUCUUAAUAAUAAAAUAACAGAUUAUCUUAAACAAAUGUACAAACUAAUUAAAUUAGCACACAGAUGAAAAACUUUAGUUAAUUAUAGAUGCAAUCUUAUUUUUAAGUGGGAUAUUAAGAUUAAAAGGAAUUUGUGAUUCUAUAGAAAUUUAACAGAUUGAUUCAAUUUUAAGUAGAUUAAAUGAAAGAGAUAGUUAUAAAUAGCCUAUUCUGAAAUUUUCAUAAUGUGCAGAUUCUGAAAGCUUCAUUAGCAAAGAAGCUGCUGAAAUUUUGAGAGAAUUUAAAGAAAAGUAAAUAUCAGAAUAUUUAAGAUGA